AUGUACUCCGAGGGUAAAUAUCUGUGCUUUGUUUCGUUGGUGAUCUUCUCAAUCACUGGUGGUGCAUACACUGCCCAACGUUCGAAUGAUGCUGUGGCUGAAGAAGGUAGCCCGUUCCUGGAUAUGGCGACCGAGUUUUUGUCGACAUUGGGAAACCAACAGGGCGGCGGUGGUGGUGGUGGUGGAGGCGGUGGAGGUAUUGCCGGACUUUCCGGAAUCGCUUCCAUGCUGCUGCCACUGAUGGCGAAUGCGAAUAGUGGUGGUGGUGCUGGGAAGGCUAGUGGAAACGAUGGUAUGGGUGCGAUUCUGUCGGGCAUUGGAAGCAUGUUGGCCGCCGGUGCGAACGGAGGCGGAGCAGCCGGUGGUGGUGGAAGUGGAGGGUUUGAUCCUGCAUUGAUCGGUAAUGUGAUUCAAAUGUUUGCUGGAGCGGCCGGUGGUAGUGAUGGGGCCGAUGAUACACCCGAUGAGCCUGUUCGUCGUCAGCAGCAAUCUGGCAGUAAACGUCAGAAGCGGAAAGCCCAAGCCGAACAGGGACAGAAUCCGCUCGUCGAUACGGUGCUCACGAUGGCUUCCAGCUGGCUGGCCAACUACAACAAUGUCGAUCAAGAUCGAGAACCCUCAAACGCUGGUGGAGCGGACGCGUUGAUCAAUCUGCUGCCGUUGGCUGUGCAAGCAUUCCAGUCGUUUACCGGACCGGAAAUGGAACGUACCCAUGCAAAGCAUAAAGAUCAUUCCUGGGUGUUGCCACCAUUCCUAGAGAACAUCCACGUAAUGUGGGAUCAGUUCACGCAGUCCGAGCUUGCAGAAGCAUUGUGGAUGAAGUUGGGUUUAAAUGCAGUCUUCAAAGGAUUUGUCGGGCGUGAUGGAAAACUGGACUACGACAAACUGUUCCAAUCGCUGCAAAACCAGUCAUUCCGUCGGCGUUGGAUCAAGGCGGCCACGAUUUAUCUGGCGGAGUGGGUGAACUACAUUGCCAAUCCGGAGGUUUACCAACGAUACGUUGCCACCGGACAGAUGAUGGCCAACGGGUUCCUUCAAUCGCAGGGCUAUCCAAAACAAACGUUCCUAGAUAUUAAUCGACCGAGCGAAACGAUCUCGCACCUGAUCGAUCACGUUGCGAAGCGCCAUCUGGCGGUCAAAAUUUCCUCCAUUCAGUACGUAAAGCCGGCCGUGAACUACGUCAAGGAUCUGUUAAAACUGGGCAAGGCCAAACAAUUCCUGCAACAGUACAAUGUGACGGAGAUGACGGAUAAGCUGACAGACACGCUAAAUCUUGAGGUUAUUGAACCAGUGCUAAAGGUUCAUCGUGCUUACCGUCAGGCGAUAGUAACACCUCACUGCGAUAAAUACAUCCUGUGCGAGAUCAACUCACAUGAUCCGAACGAGAAGCUAGGUCUCGGUGGUUUCAAGCAUGGCGUCACUAGGUUCGGUAGCAUGGCAGCCGCGUGGUUCAUCGCGCAGGAAACGCACACCCCCUUCUGGACGUUGUUUGCCAUCAUUAACGAUCCGCACCAUUGCGAUGUAAAACAUCCGGUCGAUUGUUUAGAGUAUCACGAAAGUGAAAACCGUGUCACUACGGAGUAUCCGCACAGUGAGCUUUAG